CUGAGAUUUGUGUAUGACGGGGAAAGAGAGAGGGAUAGUGGGAGAUAUAAAAGGGAGGGAGAGAAUGACGUUGGAAGAUGCAAUGCACAAACAAAGAGCAAAUCUAUUCUGAGCCAGGUGAGAUCAUACAUUCUACAGCUGGAAGAGCAGUGGAAUAGCAGACGUCGAUACAUCCUCUCUCUCCACCCAUCUAUGUCUCACACAAACUCGCGCCGUGGCCGUGAGUUUCAUAUGCGUUCCACCUCCUCGCGCCAGCGAGUGGCCGCUUGGCUUCUCGCGCUGCCGCUGGGAAGAGGGAGAGACGAAUGCGCGCGCCGCGGCCGUCUGGAAAUGAUUUCGUUUUGGCUGCUUUGCUGGAAGCUGCUGAGAGCCACAGCUGGGUUUAAAAGGACGAUACCUGAACUGACGGACAGAAACCACGACAACAACCCCUCCUCCAACAAUCUUGCCGGUGACUUUUCUGCGCUUGCAUACCCACAGAAUCUGGUUGCCAUGGAGAUUAGUUCCUCAUGUACAGCAACAGACCUCGAGACAGAUAACUUUUUUAAUAACUGUGGCAAUCAGGAGUCACAGGAACUCCCAGAUCCAAAGGUUCCAAAGGUGGAAGCAGUGUCAGAAAAUACAAAUGAGAAAAGAGAUGAAUGUGACUACCUUUACUUCAAAACUGAAGAGGAGACAGGAAGGGAAGUACAGAAUGACAGUGAACAAGAGGAGGAAGAAGAUGAUGUUAGAGUAGAAACUGAAGGAGAAGAUGAAAGAAGAGGGGAAGUAGAAAGACAAGAUGAUGGAAGAGUAGACCAAGAAGGAGAUAUUCAACAAGGAAGAAACAUAGUUGAUCACAGAGGGAGAGUAGAGGGAGGAGAUACAACAAAAGAAGAAUCAAAAAAUUGUAAUCUGGGGAUAAGAGAAAUAGAAGGGGCAGAUGAAGGUAGAGAAGACACGGAUAAAGUAAAUAUAUGGAUAACUGGAAUUCUGGGAGAAAUUCAGCAAGAUGCUUCAUCAGAUCAGACUUUCGUUAAUGAAAAUCCUCAAAGUUUAUUGCCUGACCCCUCAGUUAUUGCCUCAGAUCCAUCAAAAUCCACAGUACAGGACACCUGGAAACAUGACUUAGACAACAGAGAUGAUCUCAAUGAAAGCCACCUCUGUGACUGCGUCAAAGCAGAGCUGGCUGUUGUGUACUCAGACAGUGAUGUUGGGGAGGACCAAUGGCUAGCCUUGGCUCGCUGUGAUGAGACUGACCAUUCAAAAGAAAACAAAGAUUAUGCUGAUGACAAAUGCUUUGCACAGAGCAUGAAGGAUGAUGAAGUGGAAGAAAUACAAACUGAAGUGUCGAAGUUGGAAGGAGGAGUGGCAGAUAAGCAAAAUGAGAAGAAGAGUAAAGUCAUGGAGAACAGUGAAGAACAGAUGAAGUCAAGAAGAGAUCUUUUCCUGCACUCUCCUUUGGUGAGCUCCACAGCCAACUCAACCGACCCUGAUAGGAGGAUUCCUUUAGAUUUCAAUGUGCAACAGGAGAUCCUCAGUGAGAAUGUCUCCACUGAGCAUGUGGACUUUUUGGUUGCUCGCCAGCAGUGGAAGAAGAUGGAGGAAGAGGUCAAAGGUCUGCCCAUCCCCAAACCUGGACUGGGAGCUACGGGGAGCUUCCAAGGCACCCAUUCUUCUUUGUACCCCCCAACUCGAAGCCCCCGUCUCAAACACAGGGAGAUUCAACCCCCCAUGUCCCAAGAACCUCCUCUGUCCUUCACCCUGUCCCCCGGUUCUGAGGACUCAGGCUUGGAUGACUCUUCGUUUCGCAGCGCUCCAGAGGAACCGGAAAAUUCUGUGGAGAGGGAGAUCCGACUGACAUUAGAAAGAGAAGAACAGCACCGAAGGGAGAGGGGAAUGAUUGCUCAGGGCCUGACGGUACCCAGUCUAUACACCCUAGGGACAGAAGGAUCUGUGCCCAGACCUCCAGUCUUCCGUACCCCUACUCUGUCCAUCUCUCCAUCCCCCUCCUGCUCCUCCUCUCUCCCCCGAUCAAUAUAUCAUGAAAUGACAGCCAAAAACGUCAUCAUUCUUGAACCCGACUCCUCUGGCUCCAGCUCCAGGAACUACCUGCUCUCCUCUGCCAUCAGUGGCCUCUCUGAUUGGUCUCCCAGGCUUGAUUUGGCACCCUCAGAAAACGUCAUUGUGGUGGAGACCUCCAAUUUGAUCAUUCGCAGUGCGUCUGAGUUUUGCCUGAGCUCUGGGCCUCCGCCUGUAGAGACACAGGAGAGUACUUUCUCUUCUAAUCCAUUCUUCAAGUUGCGUUCCAUCAGCAGUCAGUCUCUAGUGGAGCAAGAGAUCAGGUUGGUGAGGCAGAGAGAAGAGGAAUGGAGGAGACAAAGGGAGGAACUGUGGCGAAGAAAACAAGAGAAAGAGUGGAGGACUGGGAGAGAACGGUAUGACACUGUCCUGGUGUCACCAAGCCUAAACGAAAACAUCACCUUCAGUGUGCCAGUGGUUCCAGAUAGAUCUGUUUCCUCCCCAUCAUCGCCUUCCAGACCUCGGAAAAUGGAACGCUCUAGUUUGUCUUGUGACCACAAGUUCCCCCUUGCCCUGUCUUUAGUUCCACGUCGUCAGAAAGUCAUGGCACAACGUUGGGAGGCCUCGCUCUUAGCCAAUCAGAAGAAGGAGUAAAUGGAAAGAGCUUUUAACUUUUGGCGUUUUUAAAGCCAUGAUGGAAUCCUACAUUGUUUUUCUUUGUUGUACCCAUUAGGGCAAAAGUUUGAUUUCAGUAUUUAUCAAAUGCCAAUAUUUGUUAAAACCCAAUAUGAGUAAAAGGCCUGUUUGUUGCUAAAAAGCACAAAGGCAGAAGAAUGUAUGGUGGCUUCCAGUAAGAUUUGUUUCAAAAAUUUUGAAAAUGUACCUGUUUUUGCUUUCCCUAAAGACUGUUUAGAAAGUGCUUGUGACAUUGUGUUUUGCUGGAUGAUGAAUGACAUCUCCUUUUUCUUUUUGACACACUGGCCUGUUCAGAUCUCAAAGAUACAACAGGGACAGGGAUAUUGAAUUCUUAAAAACUACGACCUGGUUUUGAUCAAAUAUGAACUACAUGCUGAUAAAGCUUGUGCCAAUUUUUCCACAAGCUUUAUCAGCAUGUCAUGUUGGACAUCUUCUGUCCAAUAUGACAGAAAAUGUUGGAAAACAUAAUCUAACAAGCUAUUAGGGUGAUUAAAAAAACAAAAAGACUCAUCUCCUAUUAAAGCAAACAGUUUGAUCAUAUAUAUUUCAACAAUAAGCCCAAAUUUCAUUAACAUGCAUGAAAAAAACAAAACAAAAAGUGUGUGUUGUUUGAAUCAGUCACUUCAUAUGAUUUAUAAUGUGAUAGCACUUGCGCAUGGCUAACAGAUUUAAGAUCUUUGAAGGUUUUAAGAUGAAUUCUAAUUCUGAGAGUUAAAUACUUGCUGAGAUGAGAACAAAAGUGAUGUAAAAGAAAACUUCUUCUUAGAAAACGUAAGUAAUUAUUACUUAUCUCCAAAACGUGUUCCCAGAGGGAUCGAUCUAGAGUGGAGGGCUUAAUCAGCCGCUUAAUUUGCUUCUGCCUGUGGAAGGCUCUAUAUUUCUUUAUUAGUAAUGGCUAUAAACAUGUAUCACUUCAGAUAUUCUACAUUAUGCUACCUUGUGUUUUUCUUCUGUUUAAUUGUCACAAACCCUUAAGUAGCCUGUGUUACAGAUUAUAAAACCUGUCCAUCAUAUAUUUAUUCAGUUUCUUGAACAUGAUUUACUGUAAUACAAUUUUAAGUUGUUAUUGUAGUAGCCACAUCUUUUCAUUUACAGUACAUUUUCUGUGUAGAAACUUUGCAGAAACUUGGUUAGCAGAAAGAAGCGUAAUUUUUGAAAACCAUUGCAUUUCCAGUGUAAGGCUUUGAAAAUCAUUGUCUGGAUGAAGUGCUCGCAUGCUAGAGUCACAGAUUAAUGUUUUUUUCCUCAUUUCAUUUCCAGCUACUCAGAUACCUCUUUCCUGAAAUCUGACCAUGUAAAUUGUAUCCAUCUGUGGCUCUACAAAGUGAGCAAGUAUUUAAAGAAACCAGUAUUCUAACAAAAAGGUCUACUGAAGAUUAGUAGAUUUUUUUUUAUCUCCUUCUGUGUUCCUAUAAAAGAGAAUGAUGUAUUUUUGAUGCCUAUAUUUAAUAACUGAACAAUACUUAUAAAUGCUGAAGACCUUUUCAGUUGUAAAAGUCUUAUUCUGACCCUAGCAAUGAGGUUUAACAAUGUGAGAUCCUGUUUGUUUUUAGGAAACUUAAUGUGAAGUAUGUACAUGUUUCCAUCUGGUCACUGUCUUCAUUUAGUUUAGUUUCUGCAUUAAAUCUCCACAAGCUUAGUUUUUGCAAUGAUCUCAAGUUAGUGUGAAGAUUAAAGGUGUAACGAGAUCAAUAGUGAUCACCAGGAUGUAAUGAAAUAGUAAUGGGUUGAUCAUUGCAGCUGUUUUAGUUCAGCAUUCAUGCUCUUGCCAUUACUAUGUAAAAUAGCAGGUUUUAAUUACAAAAUAUUAACAUACAUGCCAUAUAAUAUUUUCAAACUCAGACAGAACAGACAUUGUAAAUUAAUUGUACCAGACAUUGUAGAUUAAAACAUCUAUCUAAUAUGCUCAAGAUUUUCUGAUUAGUUUUCUGCUUAUUUGGCUAUAAAGAACUAGAAACAUUUUAAAAUGAGUAUAUGUGACCGACACACUUUUAGAAAUUUGGUCUAAUAUGAAAAUCUCUACUGAUUAGACUAAUUUUGAUUAGAUCGUGAAUAUUACAUCUAACUUAAAAUGCUCUUCUGAUUAGGCUGUACGUUGACUAAAUUAUGAGUGCAAAAUUAACCAGAUUGAGGCCUACUGAAACCAAACAUAAUCAAUCUAAUGUUAAACAUUAGAUUGUAUAAUCUAAUGUAUACAAUCUAGUUGUAUACAUUAAUAGAGUUCAUUGCAAAACAUUCAUACCAACUGGACAAUUCCACUUUCAUCAUGAAGAAGAGCAAACGUGGAAGAAAGUGUUCUUGUUCCUCACUGAACUUUUUGGCCUACAGGCAAAGUGCUAUGUGUGGCAGACAACUAACACUGCAUAUCAAUCUGAAUACCACCCUCUCUAAGAAAAUGAUGGUAGCAGCAUCAAGCUGUGCGAGGCUUUUCCUCAGCUAAGGUCAAUCCUGAGAAAAAAAUCUUCUCUCCUCCUGAUUGGACUGAGCCUGAUUGUUUGCAAAGCAGAACAGAAAAAUAUCCCCAAAAACUUUGAGCUGUAAUUGCAACGAAUGGUGAAUACAAAUGCACACAUUUUUACGUUGUUUGCAUAAAAAAAUUAUAUACUUUUUUCCCUCUUAUUAAGUAGGUAUAACUUAAAAAUAUUUCCAAUAUCAAUCUCAGAAGUCAAUGUGCAUUAAAGGCCCUGUAUCUUUUUUUUUUUUUUUUGCUGUUUAUUUUUUAUUCAAGUUAUUUUUUAAGUAGGUUUUUCUAGACACGUAAAUGUAAAGAAAAGCAAACAACUCAGAACAUCACCAUAAGAAACUAUUUGUUCCUAUCUAAAACCAAGUGCUUUGUUGUAGAUCUUUAUGGUUCUGUUGAAUUUGUGACAGACGUCCAUGAUUUUCUGACGAGCAAAUUGCUCUUGUAGCAACAUAGUCAGACCCACACAACACUGUUGAUCAGACAGCAAACAGGACUAAACUGUUACAUGCUUCUGCAGCACAGAGAUAAUUGGGAGUUCUCAAUGAGUACCAACAACUUUUUUUCUUUGAUUUCACUUGGACAUGUACCCAAAGGAAAAAGUCUACUCCAAUGAUUCUGCUAUUCAUUUUAUUGUCUCUGCUUAUCAGAACAAUUCCAAUUCAAAAGUACUUUCAUUCCAAAUGGAAAUAAAGUCUAAAAACAUGAGCAUCUAUUUGAUACACACCAGUCUACUUUGACUGAAGCCAUAUUAUUUCAUACCAAUGGGCAAAUUAUAUUGACAUUGAGAACUAGUGGACAUUCGUUCAAUAAAGUUUGUAAUUUUAUUAUUUCUGACACCAAUUUGAAUCUUUUAAAUAUACAUUUCCUGUGUUAUGUAAUCACAAUAUCAGAUAUUCAGUGGGGAAGAAACCUGACUGUGAAAGGCAACUGUUUGUAUUUAUAAUAUGGACCCAUAUUCAUUGCUCUUUCCCUCACUGAUAUUAUUUAUUAAGUGUACUAGAACAACUUGCCUUGAGUGUCAGUUAUUUAUUAUUGCCAAAUGAAAAAAUGUUUGUUUGACGGUAACAUGCUCAAUAAAGUGUGCAACAUCUGA